AUGGCCGCGUCACAGGUGAAGGGAAGCCGUCUGGGGGCGGCACUGUCUGCCGCUGGGGUGGUCGGCCUGAAGCCGCCGGCCUACGCCUCGGUCUCACACCUGGUGGUCUACGCCCAGACCCAUGUGGUUCCGACUCUGGAUGCGCUGCCGGGCGUGGAUGACGUAAAGUGCUGCUCGGCAAGCAAGGGCACUCGGGACAGCGGCGAUGGUGUGGAUGGGGGCCAUGAGACGGGGCCGCAGGCGAGAGGCGGAAGUGGCGGUGCUGAUCUCGUCCGCGGUCUUCAUCUCGAGUGGUCGUACACGGCGCGCAAGGGCCUCACCAUGGCCAUGGGCCGGAUCCGACUCGACGCGCAGGACGAUCGUGUACUGCUGCGCGAUGGUGGGCCUGGCGGGGCCGAUGCUGUUGUGCUUGACGCCGACUGCGCCUAUGGCCGCCCGGCCAUGGUCGUGGACUCGGGCGAGGUCUGGUUCCAGGACCUGGCCUGCGACUGGUGGUUCAUUGCGGACUCGAUCGCCGCCUGGCUGCGACUUGCGCUUGCUGCGCUCGGCAUCGGCGCUUGGAUGCUUAUGUACACACCCACAGGCCUCGAUCGCGUCACCCUGCAGUGGAUGCAGAUCUUUGCGCCGUCGCGGGUGAUCGACGUCCAGCCGCGUGGUGUCGACGAAGGCCUCGAGCACGCCAGUCCGCAUCGCGCUUGCCGAGAUUGA